AUGACUGACAAAUAUUUGGAGUCAGAGAAGAGAACAUCACAGUGGAGUGGAAUGGUGGGGGAAAGAGUCACCAAAGAGGUAAAGAUCCCACUUUCCAAAAUGAAGGACCUAAUACUGAUCUUUUGCCUCCUGGAAAUGAGUUCCGCAGUGCCGAUGUUUCCUCAGCAACCUGGAACACCAGGCAUGGCUAGUUUGAGCCUGGAGACAAUGAGACAGUUGGGAAGUUUGCAGGGAUUAAAUAUGCUUUCUCAGUAUUCAAGAUUUGGUUUUGGAAAGUCAUUUAAUUCUUUGUGGAUGCAUGGUCUCCUGCCACCACAUUCUUCUUUCCCAUGGAUGAGACCAAGGGAGCAUGAAACUCAACAGUAUGAAUAUUCUUUGCCUGUACAUCCCCCACCUCUCCCAUCGCAGCCAUCCCUGCAGCCUCAACAGCCAGGACAGAAACCUUUCCUCCAGCCUACUAUUGUAACCGCCAUCCAGGACGCAGCCCAGAAGGGAGGACCUCAGCCUCCAGUUUACCAGGGACAACCGCCCUUGCAGCAAGCAGAGGGGCCAAUGCUUGAACAGCAGGUGGCACCAUCAGAUAAGCCACCAAAGGCCGAGCUACCAGGAAUGGAUUUUGCUGAUCCACAAGGCCCAUCAGUGUUCCAAAUAGCUCGUUUGAUAUCUCGGGGACCAAUGCCACAAAAUAAACCUUCUCCACUUUAUCCAGGAAUAUUUUACAUGUCCUAUGGAGCAAAUCAAUUGAAUGCUCCUGCCAGACUUGGCAUCAUGAGCUCAGAAGAAAUGGCGGGAGGCAGAGGAGGCCCCAUGGCCUAUGGAGCCAUGUUCCCAGGAUUUGGAGGCAUGAGGCCUAACCUUGGCAGGAUACCCCACAAUCCAGCCAUGGGUGGGGAUUUUACUCUGGAAUUUGACACCCCAGUCACCGGAACCAAAGGCCCUGAGAAGGGCGAAGGAGGUGCACAAGGCUCCCCCAGGCCGGAUGUCAACCCGGCCGAUCCGGAAAACCCAGCUCUCCUUCCAGAGGUAGCACCUGGUGCCCUGGGAGGGCUUCUUGCUCACCCAAAGGGCAACGACCCCAGCCUGGCAAGAGGUCCUGCAGGGCAGAGUGGGGGACCCCCCAGGGUCACCCCAGCAGAAGCUGACCCACUGAUGACCCCUGGAUUAGCAGAUAUUUAUGAGACCUAUGGUGCCGACGUGACCACACCCCUGGAAGAAACGCCCACAGAUACCACAGCCAUCCCAGACACUCAGCAAACAUCCAUGCCAGAAAACAAGGCCCAGCAGCCCCAGAUCAUGCAUGAUGUGUGGCAUUUCCAAGAGCCCUGAGAGCUUUGAGAUUAUCAGCUACUUUCUGUAUGCACAAGCUCCCCAGCUUUGUCCCUAUAGUAUAUCUCUUUACUGAAACACUUAA